AUGGCUACAAAUGGCACCGGCGCCACGGCUGCCUUUAUGCCCGUACUGGCGGCUAUGUCGACUAUGCGCGAUGGUCAGAGGGAGCAGAAAAAGGCUGCACAUCAGUUUCUGGAGGGCUUCCAGAAGUCGGCUGAGGCGUGGCAAAUCACUAUCGGACUGCUGCAAUCUCAAGCAGACGCUGAAGCUAAGUUGUUCGCAGCUACAACGUUGAGGGGCAAGAUCACCUACGAUGUCAACCAAAUACCCACCGAAGCCCUUCCAGCACUCCGAAAUCAGAUUCUAGAGCUUUUGAAAGUGUUUGCAACGGGCCCGCGACCAAUUCGAGUCCAACUAUGCGUGUGUUUGGCGAUUUUGGCAAUACAAAUGACAGAAUGGAAGGAUGUUAUGCCGAUGGUUAUCUCAACGCUAGGCAACGACGCCGAGAGCCACGCCUGCAUUCUAGAUUUCCUGAAAGUUCUUCCCGAAGAAGUCACCGAAGGACGGAAGAUCAAUUUGACUGAAGAUGAGCUGUCACAAAGAACACAGGAACUAUUGGGAGACAAUGCCUCUCUGGUCGUUCGACUUUUGAUCGAUUAUGCCCAGUCGUCAGACUCUGCAUCGACGAACCCCCAACUUCUUGAAGUUAUCACAUCAUGGCUGCGGGAAGUACCAGUUGCCGAUGUCGUCAACUCCCCACUCUUGCAUGUCAUAAUCAGUGCCUUGGAUACUGACCGAUCCUUCGAGGCGGCAACGGAUUGUCUGUGCGCCAUUUUUAAAGAGACCCGCGAUGUAGACGAGUACAUUUCUACGAUCCAGGUUCUAUUACCGCGUGUGAUCGCCUUGAAGCCCCGGAUUGCUCAAGCCGCCGAGCAAGAAGAUGCAGAACUGUUCAAGGGAAUCACCAGGAUAUUCGCAGAAGCAGGUGAGGCGUGGGUUGUCCUUAUUGCGAGGGAGCCAACCGUUUUUCGGCCACUGGUGGAGGCUGUUUUGGAGUGUGCUGCCAGAGAUAUGGACCGAGACGCCAUUGCCCUAACUUUCGUCUUCUGGUAUGAGCUGAAGUUGUAUCUCAUCCUAGAGAGAUACAUUGAAGCUCGUAUGCAGUAUGUCGAUGUCUACUCGAAGCUCGUAGACGUUAUGUUGAAGCAACUCGAGUUUCCAACCCCAGAUGGCAACGAAUCAGAUCUGUUCGAUGGAGAUAGAGAGGCGGAGGAAAAGUUUCGCGAGUUCAGACAUCAUAUGGGCGAUGUGCUCAAGGACUGUUGCGAGAUUAUGGGUGUCACCGAAUGCUUAACGAAAGUUUUGGAGCGAAUCAAGAUCUGGACUAGGGACUAUGCCAGUCAAGCAACUACGACUUCAGUUCCACACUGGCAGCAGCUCGAGGCUCCACUUUUCAGUAUGCGGGCACUGGGAAGAAUGGUCGACAAGGAUGAAGAUAUUAUACUACCCCAGAUUAUUCCGCUGAUUGUUCAGAUCCCCCAUCACGAAAAGUUACGCUUCGCCACGAUUAUGGUCUUGGGUCGUUACACGGAGUGGACCUCGAAUCAUCCAGAACUUCUGGAGGCACAAUUUACAUACAUUGUGUCGUCUUUCCAGACAGAUUCUAAGGAGAUUGUUCGUGCUGCCGCAAUGGCUAUGAAGUUCUUCUGUACUGACUGCAAGCACCUACUUAGUGGUCAGGUGGUGCAGCUUCAACAGUUCUAUAACCAGACUCUCGACAAGCUUCCGGGCAUCAGCCAGGAAGAAUUGACAGAAGGUGUCGCAUCAGUUGUUGCGGUACAACCUCCAGCACAGAUUUUUGACCUUUUGAAGCUCUACUGUGAUCCGUUAAUGGCCAGAUUGAUGGCCCUUGCCAAUGAAGCAAAGGACGACGAAGGAAAAUUGGCUAUUGCAGAUCACAUGCAAUUAAUCACAUAUUUCGUCCAGAUCGUCACUCCAUACGUUGAGCCUGGACAGGAGAAUCCUGCAGUCAAAUACUGUCAAGAAAUCUUCCCAAUUUUGGCCACAAUUCUAGACACCUUCAUCGAUUUUAACCCGGUUUGCGAGCGUAUUUGUCGAAACUGGCGGUAUAUGGUGAUCUCAUAUCGCACUGCCAUGGCACCAUUACUACCUCAGAUGGCAAAUAAACUCGCGAAUGGCUUCGCUGCUUCGAAGCAAGGCUGCUUCCUUUGGGUCACAGCUGCCAUACUUCGUGAAUUCUCGGAGGACCGGGAGCACGUAGACGAUCAGACGACGCAGGCAAUCUAUGCCUUCUUUGAGGCCCAAGCCACCAACAUGCUGCGGAUGAUGAGUGAUCUUGCACCCCGAGAUUUGCCAGAUGUCAUUGAGGACUUCUAUCGUCUCAUGGUGGAUGCUCUACUCUACUAUCCGCAUAUGUUGAUCGGUUCAGAACUGUUUACUCCUAUUUUCCAAGCUGGCAUCUCAGCAUUGGCAUUGGAGCAACGCGAUCCCCUAAACGCUGCCUUGCAUUACCUCCGGGAUGUCAUCGGAUAUGGUGGCGACAAUCCACCUAGCUCAAGCGAUAGUCCAAAUCCGCCAGAUAUUCAGCAGGCUGUACGGGACCUUAUUCUUGCCAACGGCGAGCAUCUCGUCAAGCAAAUCCUGGCAGGAAUGAUGAUCACCUUCCCGGAUGACUGUUUCACCGACGGCAGCGGAGCACUCCUUGGUCUCUUCGAGUUGAUGCCUCAACAAACCGCCGGCUGGGUUGACAAGACCGUCCGCAUGUUGCCAGCCGGCACAAUCCGCGAACCCGAGAUCGAUCGCUUGAUGACUGGUAUCAGGGAACGACUGGCUCUCGGCCACGAUGGCCUUCGUAAGGUCCGCAGCUUACUCCAGGAUUUCACGAACAGCUACCGGAGACGAUACGUCGCGCCGAGAGAUGGACUGGGCAGGCUUGAGGCCGAGAGAUUCCAUUUCAGUGCUUGA